AUGCCAAGCGGUGGAAACGGAGUCGGUAACAGCGCAGGCACAAGCGGAGGUAGUCAGACGUUCAAGCCUUACCGUCACCUGAAAACCCUAGAAGGGCACACGGCGGCGAUCUCGUGCGUGAAAUACUCCAACGAGGGAAACCUUCUGGCAUCCGCCUCCCUAGACAAGAGCAUGAUUCUAUGGUCCGCAACGAACUACUCCCUGAUCCAUCGAUACGAAGGACACUCGAGUGGUGUCUCCGAUCUAGCAUGGUCCUCCGAUUCGCACUACACCUGCUCGGCCUCCGACGACUGCACGCUUCGAAUCUGGGACGCUAGGGCUCCCUACGAGUGUCUCAAGGUGCUGAGAGGCCACACCAACUUCGUCUUCUGCGUUAACUUCAACCCUCCCUCGAAUCUGAUCGUGUCUGGUUCGUUCGAUGAGACGAUUCGGAUCUGGGAGGUGAAGACGGGCAGGUGCGUGCGCGUCAUUAAGGAGUUUAUUCUCUACUUGAAGUAUAAGUAG